GCCCGCGGCGCGGACAGAGAUGACACAGAGCCUCGGUGGCCACAGCUGCCUUGAGCCGCGGCUCUUCGCUCCUCUGCCGUCCUGAGGCCGGGUGGGCGCGAGGGCGAGGAGUCUCUUGGCAUCACCCGCGAGGAGGAGGGGAAAGUGGGAGGGAGGGAGGGAACGGCGGCGGCGGUGCUGCUGCCGCCGCUUACAGUCGGCUUCCCCGCAAGCGAGAGAGGCUACCCCGGGCAGCAGCCUUGCUAAGCGCCGCCCGGGAGCCCGCCUUCUCCCGUGGAGAGGGGGCCGCUCGGCUGCUAGCAUGGUGGCAUUUGGACCGGCGGCGGGGCGUUGCUGACAAAAAAGCCCAGCCGGCGACCCGAGAGUGAAGGAGUGAGUGAAGCCAAGGCAGCAGCCCCAAGCGCAGCGCGGCUCCCCAGGCCGGGCCGCCACCUCUUCCUCUUAGUCGCCCGCGGUCUUCUCGGGGGGCUUUCCCCGCCAGCCUCGCCAAACCACAGCCGGGCCUGGCGUUCCCCGCAAGGCGUGCCUGCAGGCCCCGGGGAGGCCGCGGCGGAGCUUGGCAGACCCGCCUCUGCCCCGGCCACCUCGGGGUCCCGCGGGCCGACGCCGGCGGGUGCCUCGGUGCGGCUCGGGGGGGCGUGCGGCCGGCUCUAGGGAGUUGCCUCCCCCAAGACAGCAUGGAGAGAGACGGAGCGGGCAGGCCCUGAAGAGGCAGCCGGGGAGAGGGGGGCUCCUGAUUCUGCCAAGUCUUCUUCCUCCACGCUUCUCCCCCCUCCCCCCAGUUCCGCUGAUCUCACCCAAAUUGGGCCGACGGGAGCUUCCCCAGACUGGGAUCACUGGAGGGACCCCCGCAGCGCCGGGCUUACUUGGAGCGGAGCCUUGUUUUCUGUGGCAGCUCCACCUCCCCGCUUGGCAGCGGAUUCAAGCCGGACCAGGACGAGGGGCUCGCCCCCUGCUCUCCCGGCGAGUUCCUACGGCGGAGCAAAACAACCACUCGGCUUAGAAAGGGCCGGUGUCAUCCGGGGAUCCCCCCACUGGCAAAGACUUUAGAGCUUUCCGCGGCGGCAGCAGCAACCACAGAAAAGGACUAUAAAAACUGCUGAAGGAGUUGCUCAAGAUGUAUUAUCCCUUACAACUACCCUUGUCAUAGGAAUAAUUCAUCAGAAUAAUAGAGAUAAUAUGUGGGAGACUAUGGACUCCAUGCUUCCGACAUAGGAACAGGACCACGUUGGGAAGCUUCACUUCAGAGAGAAUGCUGGGAAUUUGCAGAGGGCGACGGAAAUUCCUGGCUGCCUCUCUGACUCUGCUUUUCGUUCCUGCUAUAACCUGGAUUUACCUGUUUGCCGGCAGCUUUGAAGAUGGAAAGCCAGUGUCAUUGUCUCCAAUUGAAUCCCAGCCCCACAGCCCUCAUUACACAGCCACAAGUCAACGUGAAAGAGAAAGCUUGGAAGUUCGCAUGCGAGAAGUGGAAGAAGAAAACCGUGCACUACGCAAGCAGCUCAGUCUGGUGCAGAGCCGGGGCAUGUCUCACCGACGAGGCAAUCAUUCAAAAACUUAUUCCAUGGAGGAAGGGACUGGGGACAGUGAGAGCCUCCGGGCUGGCAUUGUGGCAGGGAACAGCUCUGAAUGUGGACAACAGCCAGCAGUGGAGAAGUGCGAGACAAUCCACGUCGCCAUUGUAUGUGCUGGAUACAAUGCCAGUCGGGACGUUGUCACUCUCGUCAAAUCAGUCUUAUUUCAUAGGCGGAACCCUCUUCACUUCCAUCUCAUUGCAGACGCUAUUGCUAAACAGAUCCUGGCAACCCUUUUCCAGACGUGGAUGGUCCCUGCAGUGCGCAUAAACUUCUAUGAUGCUGAUGAGCUGAAGUCUGAAGUGUCCUGGAUACCCAACAAACACUAUUCUGGCAUCUAUGGACUGAUGAAGCUGGUUCUCACAAAGACACUUCCCGCCAAUCUUGAACGAGUCAUUGUCCUUGAUACUGACAUUACCUUUGCUACAGACAUUGCUGAGCUUUGGGCUGUCUUUCACAAGUUCAGAGGCCAGCAGGUUCUUGGUUUGGUAGAGAAUCAGAGUGACUGGUACCUAGGAAACCUCUGGAAAAACCAUCGUCCCUGGCCAGCUCUUGGAAGAGGUUAUAAUACAGGGGUUAUUCUGUUACUUCUGGAUAAAUUGCGCAAGAUGAAAUGGGAGCAGAUGUGGAGACUCACAGCUGAAAGAGAGCUAAUGAGCAUGCUCUCCACCUCUUUGGCUGACCAGGAUAUUUUCAAUGCAGUCAUCAAACAGAAUCCCUUUCUUGUCUAUCAGCUUCCCUGUUUCUGGAAUGUCCAAUUGUCAGACCACACCCGCUCUGAACAAUGCUACCGGGAUGUUUCUGACCUUAAGGUCAUACAUUGGAACUCGCCCAAAAAGUUGAGAGUAAAGAACAAGCAUGUGGAGUUUUUCCGCAACCUCUAUCUGACAUUCCUAGAAUAUGAUGGGAACUUGCUGAGGCGGGAGCUUUUUGGAUGUCCCAGUGAAGCUGAUGUCAACAGUGAAAAUCUACAGAAACAACUAUCCGAGCUGGAUGAAGAUGACUUAUGUUAUGAGUUUCGGCGAGAGCGUUUCACUGUCCAUCGGACUCACCUAUACUUUCUACACUACGAGUAUGAGUUUGCUACAGAUAACACUGAUGUUACACUGGUGGCACAGCUCUCCAUGGACAGACUGCAGAUGCUUGAAGCCAUUUGUAAGCACUGGGAAGGGCCGAUCAGUCUGGCACUCUAUCUUUCCGAUGCAGAGGCCCAACAAUUUCUGCGCUAUGCUCAAGGUUCUGAGGUCCUCAUGAGCCGUCAUAAUGUUGGAUAUCACAUUGUGUAUAAAGAGGGACAAUUCUACCCCGUGAAUCUCCUGCGAAAUGUGGCUAUGAAACAUAUCAGCACUCCAUACAUGUUUCUGUCGGAUAUUGACUUCUUGCCUAUGUAUGGACUCUACGAGUACCUCAGGAAAUCUGUUGGCCAACUUGACUUAGCCAAUACAAGAAAAGCUCUAAUUGUACCUGCUUUUGAAACUCUCCGCUACCGCCUCUCUUUUCCAAAGUCAAAGGCAGAGCUGUUAUCUAUGUUGGACAUGGGGACACUCUUCACAUUCAGGUAUCACGUAUGGACAAAAGGGCAUGCACCAACCAAUUUUGCCAAGUGGCGAACAGCCACCACACCAUAUCGAGUUGAAUGGGAAGCAGAUUUUGAGCCAUAUGUUGUGGUAAGGCAAGAUUGUCCAGAAUAUGACCGAAGGUUUGUUGGAUUUGGUUGGAAUAAAGUUGCACACAUUAUGGAAUUGGAUGCACAGGAAUAUGAAUUCACAGUGCUUCCCAAUGCCUACAUGAUCCACAUGCCACAUGCGCCCAGCUUCGACAUCACCAAAUUCCGUUCCAACAAGCAGUACCGUAUUUGUCUCAAGACCCUCAAAGAAGAGUUCCAGCAGGAUAUGUCACGCCGCUACGGCUUUGCUGCAUUGAAAUAUCUCACGGCUGAGAACAACAGCUAGCACCACCAAACUCUUAAUGGAGAGCAAACUGAAAAGAGGAGCCGUUUCAUGUGUGUGGACCCCGUUCUUAAAUUGUGGGACCCCGUUGGUUGUUUUUGGUUUUGCUUUGUUUUUAAACCACAUCAAACAGUUCCAGCGGUAGAGCUUUGGGACAAGAUGUCACUGGACGUUUCUCAAAAGCACCACUCAUCUACCACCUACAAGACUUUGGCUUGAUUGACCAAGAGGUGGACACAAAAUGUAUGGGGUUGGGGACAGCACUACCCAGAUCUGUUGGCAGCACCCAGGGUGGCAGUAACUGUAAAACAGAUCUUGAUUCUUAAAAUUGCACACAGAUCUUCUUUGGAAUAUAGGCUUUCAUGUUACUAUUUAAUAAUAUCACAGUUUUUUUAAAAAAAGAAAUGUAAAGGAAGAUCUUCAGAUUACUAUCCUGUGAAUUAAAUGAACAAAAACAGCCCCUACUUUUCCUUAUUAAAGGGAUUUGCCUAUGUCACACAACUUUUGUCUAACCACAGAGAACACUAUACAGUAAGCUGUACAUCAGACUUGCCCGUCAGAUGAAUGGGAAUCAUAUCCAACCAAUGGGACUUGUGAUAUAUUAUAUUCUGAAUAUUCACAGCAUUGUGUAUGCACUUCUGUGGUAUCACUCAGUCAUUGCUCUUAUGCUGCAAGAUGGACUCUUCUCCAAAUCCCCACUACCGUCACCUGCUCUGUUCAUAUCCUUUUUUUUCAAACCUAAAUUGCAUCCUUUCACACCUCAGCUGUAUCUCCAAAUCUAGCCACACACACACACACACACACACAGAAGAUCUGUGCUUCUACUGGCCUGGAAAGAUACCCAUCACAUUCAAUUUUUGCUUCCAUUUUAUAGAGGUUUUUUUUUUAAGUAUUUCUUUGUAAAAC